UUCAGGGUACACAGGUCUGUAUGUGGUAAUGUGGUAAGGUGAAGUAUAAGCUUCAGUCAAGACUGGGGAAUUGGCGUGAAGAAAUGUCUUAAGCAUCCUAUGUUCCUUUAUUGUUGUUUCAGAGGUGCAAUUUCUGUAACUUUUCACGUGUUUAAAUUUACUUCCACUCCUCGUAGUCUUGAUGGGUUUAUGUAUGUCUUGGGGCCAAAUGUUACUUAGCUGCUCAGCAGAUGAACUUCAGGCUUAUAAACCUACAGUCUUACAUAUUUUACAUACUUUGAAUUACGAACGAGGAGAGUUUGCAUUUUUAACUGGGAGGCUAUAAAAAGCAGGUGAUUUGCACUCAGUUUCUGUAGGUAUGUAGUGGAGCAUUGUGCCUUUUAUAUUGAUACUCCUGUAUUUUGUUAUAACGAUCUCUGAAACUUCACAGCUAUUUCUCUGAUUCCAAAACCAGCUUAUUUGUGAAGGCUAUGGCCAGUAGAAGCUAGAAUGUUGUUUUUACUACUGGUACUGUUUAUUGUUUGUUCUGUGUUUCCGUUCGUGCCUGUAUAAAAUGGAGAUGCAUUCAAAACGAGCCAAGUCUAAGAGAGUAGACAUAAAGUCACAAAAAGAAAUGGCCAUUUGUUUUCCUAUUAAUCAGACUAAAAUAUUGUGGGAAAAGAUAAUGCAUAUGAAAAUUGAAGGCUUCCAUCAGUUUUACAAAAUUGACUUGGGUGUUCAUGAAGUGAAUUAUCUGCCUGUAUUACAAGGAUUUUUGUACAUGCUGUCUUCUGCUGUGCAUGGUCACAUGGUGAGAGAGAGAGCCAUUGGUUGAGAGUUGAUGUUGGCAGGGUUAACAUUUACUAAAUUUUAUCUAAAGUUCUGCAUUGUUUGCUUUUGUGAUGUGGAAUGGGAAUUAUCACUGGCCUUAAUUAUCUAGGAACUAAGGUAAAGCUUGGGAACUUUCUUCUUAUGAGGAUUCUGUAAUAUUUCUAGUCUACUAAUGGUCUAGAUUCCUAUAUUAAUCCAAUGUAUUCCGGUGUAGUUGAUGUCUUUUUGUGUGUGUGUGUGUGAAAUAGUUACCACUCACCUCUUUUGAAUGGCUUAUUGCUGAUUCAGUCCCUGUUUUAAGCCACAGUGUCACUGAAAUUCUGAGAUAAGUCAGCUAUUUUCAGUCUUUGCACCAUACAAACAAACAUCAAGUACAGUUGAAACGUGAGAACUGUUUGUGGUAAGACUUCUCCUGCUUCAGGAUGGCUGCUAACAAGGAUGAUAAUGAGCUAUUCUUAGGUAUUUGUGUUAAAAGAAGUAGAAUGGUUUCUAGUGACAACAGUGGACCACAAAACCUUCCUGUCUUGCACAUCUGGUGUGAGGGCUUUUGUCUCAAAAAGGGGGGUUAUUAAUGAAAAUAAAAAUCCUUUCUCACGAGGCAUAGCAAGUUAGCAAGGGGGAGGGGAUACAGAGGGAAUGGAAGUCCUGCCCUAAUUUAUCUAGGCCUUUAUGCUGUCACAGCGAUAAGCACAAACUGAAAAAAAGGUUUCCAAAAAUGGCUUGACUCACGUAGAUGUUCUGUGAACUCCUUUCCUGAAGCUGUUAUAAAUGUAAUGGAAGAUGAGAUCACUUCAUUUACGAAGGUGCUUUUACAGAUCGUCACCAUUUCCCAGGUAAGCACACCCUGAGAGUUUCACCUGUUAGCAGCUGAUGAUUUUAACGCUUGUUUUCACUUGGUUCGAGAUCUUCUGGAGGUAUGUGUACACUUACUUAUUUCCAAAAUGUGGUCCUGGAUACUGCUUUGCCUUAGCCAUUGAAGGAAUUCCAGAAGGACUCCUAAUGUAAGGCAGUUCAGGUUUGACUGCAUGAUUGUAAGGAGAUGUAGAUAUCCCUCAUCACUGGAAAGAUCAGUGGUGUACAGUGGAACUUUCUUUGUCUGAAGACUAGAGGGAUCUGUAUACAAGCUGAACAGAUAGUUAUGAGUAGCUAUGACACAAACCAGGAUGAAGCACAAGGUGAAUGUAUUCCAUCACAUUUAGUUCUCUCACAGCAUUUUGUACUAAAGAACUAAACGCUUCGUAUUUUACAGAAGGAGUGCUGUCUUAAGAGUGGAUGGCUGUAUUAAUUUCAGUGUUACCUACAUUUGGUCAACUGACUGAGGGGCAGGGUAGGAUGGAUGUGGGGAAGGCAUUCAAAAGACAUGGAGGCUCAACAGUUUGAGGGAAUUAGAUGGUUCAGGCAUCUGUUCUUUGUCAAUCCUAGAACAGCACGGACAAUAAGGACUUUUAUUUGGCCCGUGCUAAAUAUGCAUACAAAAUGCAGAACAUGCUAUACAAUUUAGAACUUUAAUAGUGUUCUCUGAACAUCAGGCAUUAUGCAGAAACCAGUAGAAACAAAUAGGAAGUUAUCUGUUUAUUAAACAUAAAACCAGCAGCUUCAAAGCAAUAACAUGACUGUCACUGAAGGUAUUUGUGUAUUUAAGUAGUACUCUUUUAACAUUUACCUUAUGACUAAGUAAUGAUAAGCAUAGCAAGGUCAUUGCUAUUGUUUUUAAGCAUGAAAUGAACAAAUUCAGCCAUUGAUUUUAUUAAUAAGUUUCAAUGAGUUGUCUAACUAAUAUUGAGUAAAAGUACCAACUGAAUAACUGCUGGCACUCUGAAGCCUAGCUUGUAAAGAUGAUCUAAGGUUUCACUGUGAUUUUUUUUUCUCUGAGGAUGGUUGUAACUGACAUUUUUCCAUUCACAGUUGCACAUAAAAUGCUGUGCAUGAGAGUGAAUGGGAAUAUUAUUUUUUCUCCUUGGGGAUUAAGCAUCUUUGCUGUAUCCAGCCUUUGGAACCAAUGAUCAGUGCUGUACUGUCAGAGCUGCGAAGAAUCUCUAUACUUAUAAUUUCUCUGUUUUGAAAUUGUAGCGUUUCACCUGAUGUAGUUCUUGUAUUUAGGAACUGAAGUUCCUUUGAUUCAGAUUCACAUUGGAAUCGAAGUCUGGGUACAGUUCUGUAAAGCUGGAUAAUGCUGGAAGAUGGUUAGUUUAUUGCAUUCUCAAAGGCUUUUCGUUAGGAUUUCGGAAGUAAGUAAUGGCUUGUGGCAGUGUGAAUGAAGAUUCACAAAUACACCUGCUGGAACUAAUGUUUAAACAUUCCUAAAUUAAAACUAUUGGCAAACAUACGUGCUAGAAAUAUUCAGCUUCUUUAUGAGCAAAGGAAUCUUCCAGUCACAUGCAUAUCAACGUCAAUCAAAGAGAUUAUUGUUAUUUUAUAAUACUGCAUUAUCAUGUAUUAAAUUAUACAUCCAUUUCAUCUGGCAGUGUUCUGAUCAAUCGUGUUGUGGUCUUACUCCAUAAAGCCCAUGGUGAAGGAGUGAACACCAGGGACUUCAUUAUUUUUUUGAUGCAGAAGGGGCAGAGUAUCCUAUCUCUGCACAGUCAUUGUCUGUUGUGAGAAAACCUUGGUUUUAAAUAUCCGAGGACUUCAGUAUUGUUGCAGUGGCCGUCUGAAGAGCAUGAGGCUGUUUUAAGCUCCACAGAUCAGACAGAUGGAAACUUAGUGGGAGAAGUUCUGUUUUCUUGUUCGUUCCUUUUUUGUUCUUAAAGUCCUCUUCCUCACCGAAUGAAGUUGCCAGAAAAGGAAAAGUGCAAUACUUCUCUCUUGACUGCCUAAACAGGCAGUCUUACAGCCCUAAAAAUAAACAAGGAGUCCAAAAGAGAAGUCUUGGUGAAAUUUGGGCCCUCCCUCGGUGGGAGUUCUGCCAUGGAUUUCAGUGAAUUCAGGACUUUGAUGUGUUGGCCAACUGCUGCAGUUUUGUUGAUUUUGGCCAGCUGUGCCAGCCACAGCUUGUUCUAUGUCCCAGAAUAGCUUCCUUGAUAAGAUAUUUACCAUUACAAGUAUGGAACAGGUCCUCUAGCCAGCACUUAAUGUUACAGAGUAGCUGUCAUUUAAAAACACAGCCAAUACUUUCCUGAAAGUGUUUGUGGGGGUUAUUUUUAGUUGUUUCUUCAAAUUGAUCAUGGCCCUCUGAGAAAAAGGCAAAAAUACCUUUAGGGAACAAAGGCAGCAUUUGAAAGAGUUAAUGUUCAGGAGAUCUUAAAGCACUUAUGUUAUAACUGGUGGGUGCAUAUGAUUGAUUCAUUUUUAAUAAAUGUAAUUUCUAGAAGGUAAUUUAGCAUUGGAAGAGAUGGAGUUACGCUUGCAGAAGUCCACGUAGAGCUGAGUGUGUAUCCAUUAGCUGAGCCCCUCCUGUGAUCACCAAGUCAGUUAAUAGAGAAUGACAGGGAUAUCGGAGAUUUCCCUUUUGGAAAUGGAGGCUGAAUAUCCUUGCGAACUUGGCUCACUAAAAUUCAUUCAGCCAAAAUUUAUAUGGAUACUUAGUGUGUUUUCCAGAACUGAGGCUUUAGCAUGGACUUUGGUAUUUAGUUUUGCUGUUUUCUAAAAUAAUUUUUCUUUACAGCAGUAGGCUAUCUAAAAGAUGAAGAAUUGUUUCUGUCUCAUUCCCUUCCAUCUACUCCUCCAAGCUCUUUCAAAUUACUGUUUUACAGCCCAAACUGAGGCACUAUGUGUGAUGAUGAUGAAACCACUGCCCUUGUUUGUGACAAUGGGUCUGGUCUUUGCAAAGCUGGAUUUGCAGGAGAUGAUGCUCCAAGAGCCGUGUUUCCAUCCAUUGUUGGACGCCCUCGACAUCAGGGUGUUAUGGUUGGAAUGGGUCAAAAAGACAGCUAUGUAGGGGAUGAAGCUCAAAGCAAAAGAGGGAUCCUGACGCUGAAGUAUCCCAUUGAGCAUGGAAUCAUCACCAAUUGGGAUGACAUGGAAAAGAUUUGGCAUCAUUCUUUCUACAAUGAGCUCCGCAUUGCACCAGAGGAGCACCCUGUGCUGCUGACCGAGGCCCCGUUGAACCCCAAGGCCAACCGUGAAAAAAUGACUCAGAUUAUGUUUGAGACAUUCAACGUGCCAGCCAUGUAUGUAGCAAUUCAGGCAGUGCUGUCUCUGUAUGCAUCUGGAAGAACCACUGGGAUAGUUUUGGAUUCUGGGGAUGGUGUCACACACAAUGUACCCAUCUAUGAGGGCUAUGCCUUGCCUCAUGCUAUUAUGAGGCUGGACCUUGCAGGCAGAGAUCUGACUGACUAUCUCAUGAAGAUUCUUACAGAGAGAGGCUAUUCUUUUGUCACCACUGCGGAACGGGAGAUUGUGAGGGAUGUAAAGGAGAAGCUUUGUUAUGUGGCUUUAGAUUUUGAAAAUGAAAUGGCAACUGCUGCUUCCUCCUCCUCCCUUGAAAAGAGCUAUGAACUUCCUGAUGGACAAGUCAUCACCAUUGGAAAUGAAAGAUUCCGAUGCCCAGAAACUCUCUUCCAGCCAUCCUUUAUAGGGAUGGAGUCUGCAGGUAUCCAUGAAACUACAUACAACAGCAUUAUGAAAUGUGAUAUUGACAUUCGCAAGGAUCUAUAUGCCAACAAUGUACUCUCUGGAGGAACCACAAUGUAUCCUGGUAUUGGUGACCGUAUGCAGAAAGAGAUCACAGCUUUGGCUCCAAGUACCAUGAAGAUUAAGAUGAUUGCACCACCAGAACGUAAAUACUCUGUCUGGAUUGGGGGUUCAAUAUUGGCAUCCCUCUCCACUUUUCAGCAAAUGUGGAUUAGUAAGGACGAAUAUGAGGAAGCUGGGCCCUCUAUUGUCCAUCGCAAGUGCUUUUGAAUGCUUCCGUUGGCUACUGUCUGUGAUAAGUAGUGCUGUUUCUCUACACCUUACCUGCUCUUCUUUGCUAUGAGUGAAUCCUGGUUUGGCUUUCCUCUACUUGCAAUAAAGCACACUGUGUGGAUGUCAUAUGAAUUAGUAUAUUACUUCUAAGCUUUUAGUGCUCAAACAAGACUAACAUUUCAGUGAUGGGUAUUUUUCAAGAGGAAUUGCAGCAAUUAUAGUACACAGUUUGUAGUCACCUCCCCAGUUUUUAAGGAUCCAACUGCUGUACAUGGAGGAGGUGGCAUACCUUACAGCUAGUAAGUUAUUCAGUUAGUCUCUGCUAAUUGGGGUUAAGUCUGAAGAACAUAAGUAGUAUAGGAUUCUUUCAAACUUACACAUGAUGCAAGAUUUGGGUACCAUAUGUGGCUUAUUUUGUGCAGUUCAGUGGCAGACAGGAUUUUUCUAAGGGGAUUUAUUUUACUGAGGAUACAGCGGAUUUAUGUGGGAACUACUGAGCACAUAGUGCUCAGUUGGUAGUACUCGUAUGGAUGUCUUUCCUUUGUCUGCUGAAAUUGUUUGGCAGGAGUCCUUUGUCCCUAUGACCACCACUCACCAACAGCAGAGAGUUUCAACAAGCUGCAGUGACAUUUGCACAUAGGCGUAACAGGCUAACUUAAUUCUAAUAUUGUUUUAUUCAUCUCUUUUACUGGGCAGUCAGAUGACAUUUCAUUUACUUCAUCUGUAUCUGUGCUAUGCUAAGCUAAUGGUUACUGAGUAAAUAAUAACCUUUUAAGUACGUUAUUAAAAUAUUCUGGGUUUAAUGGAUCAAUGAAAGUGUAAUUAUCCAUGUAAUGGUGGCAUAGAUUAAUUUCACGGAGUUUACUUUAUCUGUUAUACAUAAAAUAAUAAUUACUGAGUUCUAAUUUAAUUUUAUUUUGAAAAUGGUUUCAUUUCCUCCGAGUUUGGUAGUCAAAUAAUUUUUAAAUGAAAACAAGAUUGUUUCACAAUUUCCAUUAACAAUUUACAUCUUCCUGAAUGAGGAAUGUUCAUAAUGUUUGUUUUUUUUUUAAACGAUGAUUAAAGCAAGUUACAUGGAGAUCACGUUUUACUGUUUCAGAUACCAGACAAAUGUCUUCUAUAUGAUUUUGGAUUGGUGGUGAUAUAGGUUUUGACAUUGUUCAUGAUUUAAAUAAAACUUUUUAAGUUACUGCA